AUGGUGCAGGAGACAUUGAAACAAUCUGAGAAGACGGGAGGAGACGAUCUGGAUGACGGUCUUGAGCUUGAUCCCGAUCUCUUAGCUUCAUCAGAUGAAGACGCUGAAUCAGAAGUUGACGCCGAAGACGGGGUCUCAGACAAUGGUGAUGGAGCUUUACCGCCUUUGGAGGGAGAAGAAGAUGAAAUAACUAACAGCCCGAUACCGGAGGGGAAGAAGAGAAAGGCUGAAGAGGUCGAGGUGGAAGAUGAAGAAGCGUCAAAGUUAGCUGAUAAGAAGAAGCGCAAAAAGGAGAAGGAAAAGGAACGUAAAGCCAAAAAACGACAAAACAAUGCUGGACCUUUGGCUGAUACACCUCCAACACAUCUUUCAACAUCCGAAUUGUCUUCUGUCCUCCUUCGAUCUAUACGUGAAUCUUAUCCAUCUGCAAGCUCAGUAGAGUUAGACGAUAUAAUAAUCCCUGAAACCAAUCUCCUUCCUCCUCCUGAUUACUCACCAUCGAAAAGUGAAUCGGACGCUUUUACACCCCUUCAACGGAGGAUAGAGAGUUUACUGAAACCGUUAGAGAAGAAGAAGCUGGUAAUGGGACAACCCCAAGUAACCAUACUCUCACUAUCGGGAUUAAGAUGCGCAGAUGUAGUAAGAGGUGUGAGAGAUGUCAAAGGGAAGGGAGAAGUAGCCAAGCUAUUCGCAAAACAUUUCAAACUUGUUGACCAAAUCAAAUACCUAGAAAGAACCAAGGUAUCAAUAGCUGUUGGUACUCCUGCGAGAGUGGGCAAGCUUCUAGCGGAAGGAGCAAUCAAGAUCACUUCGGAUACUGUGUUACUCCUUGAUGUCGGUCAUCAAGAUAGCAAAACAAGAACAAUACUCACCCUUCCCGAAGUCCGAGAUGAACUGUGGAAAUCAGUAUUUGCUGGUGACUCAAGAAAGACUCUUCUCGGAGGUGGUAUUCGUAUAGGAGCUUUCUAG